UAGUCAACGUAAAGAAAGUGAAAUCUUUGUUCGAGUGAAUGUUUUGACAUGAAUACUCGAUAUGCAUUGAAUAUUAUUUAAGAAUAGAUCAUAUCAUAUCGUAGGUAAGAAGUAGUACUAUUUAGGAGUAGACAGACAUUCAAAUUGUUUUCACAAGAUUUUAAUAAAAUGGGAUACCCGAAGGCAGGCGUCAAUAUUUUCAUAACUUGUAUUGUUCUGGUCGAGGGAAUGGCUGAUAAGUGUACCACAGGUCCAAAUAUUGUACUGCCAUGUAGUAAUAUGACGACACCAACCAAUCAGAUGUUUAUACCUGUUAAUGGUAGUAUACAUACAGAUGAAGACAAUGGUUGUAUAUGUAACAUCACCGUAGUAGAGCUGCCAGACAACAUUAUCACCACUGAAGUCAGUGUUAGGAUUAUAGACAACAAUAUUAGCUGUGGAUAUCAAGUUAAAGCUGGACGUCGUAUUAUCGAAUGUCAAAAUAGGUCGUCUUCCUCUAAUAACAUCAAGUUAAACGAGUCUUUUAGUUUAUUGUUCACCAGAGAUAAUACACCUAGUCCACCGUCUACAGCAGGUUUCUGCUUACAAGUUAUAACCCCAAACGUCAACGUCAAAGUGACAAAGGUCUGCAGGGAAAUUGUUGUAAGGGUCCCAAGCCCUCUGGCCACUAAACCUGCCAGUACUGCAAAACCAAUGGCAACAACAAGACAAACGAUGGCCGAAAUAUCAAAUACAACACCGUUGCAGCAUACCAUGACGACGGGUGCGUCUUCCUCAGGGGCACCAAAAGCAACAAUAUCAAUGCCGGAUACUGUGAUGGCAAGUCUAUUCACCACAGAGGCCCCAAAUACAACAAAACCAGUGUCGGAUAGCUUGAUGACAAUUCCGUCUACCACAGAAACACCACAAUCAAGGACAUUCACAGUUAAAGCCAUGUCAAUAACAACUGGUAAUGGCUCAACGGCAUCGGCAGCAGGUGUCAAGAAUCUGGCAACAGUUGACCAGUUACCAGUCGCUGCCAUUGGUGGUGGUAUUGCAGGAGGGCUUAUACUGAUAAUAAGUAUCAUUGUCAUUAUAUGUGUUUGCAAACAGAGAAAGACGAAUGACUAUGACAAACCAUCUAGCAACAAAGAUGACAAUCCAUACCAUACAAACAUAUAUGAAAAUGGUGGCCUUAAUGAGGGAGAACAAUCUUCGACCGCAACUCAUUCCACCACGUCUCCCUGGAAUCUCAACCCAGAUAGACCGAAUAGCUUACCUACAGAUAUGAUUAUUAUGGAGAACGACAUGUAUAUCAGCGCAGAUUCCCUUCUACCUGAUCGACACGAGCAGAAUUCUAACAUAGGAACCACAAAUACUACACAACCUGAAGUCGAGGAUAAACCAUUUUCCUUGGAUUCGAACCCGAAUGUUAGUAAUAUGUAUGCCAAGGUUAACAACGCCCCUAAGUCAUCUAACCCUAAAAGACCAUUAAUACCGAUGGUCCCUCCGGGGAGGUCUUCCAAGUCUAACGAAUCAAAGUCACCUAACUCCGAUAAGCCACCAAUACCAAUGGCCCCUCCAGGAAGUUCUUCCAAUCCUAACGAAUUCAAUGCUAAUGGAAAUGACACUGUUCAGUAUGCUGAUAUUCAGUUCGAUAAAACAACCGAACUUUAAAUAACACAUCUGUGUGGUACAGGUUCAAUGGAUUAUAUCGAAUAUUUAAGCAAAUAAUGAAAUAUCUGAGAUAUGAUUUAAACAAUCUAAAA